AUGGGGUUUGAUUCAAACAGGCCAAGGCUGUCUGCUGUAUUGCUAGCAAUUACAGGAACAGGGAGUGAUAUAGCAGAAGUCAUGAUGGAUUUCAUUGAGUGGCUGACGAACCAAGAAUUUGGAUCCCAGUGUAUUUUCAGCAUUCGGGACGUUUUGUCGUGGGUCCACUUCAUGAAUGCCAUGGUGAAAGAGAGUCUGUCAGAGUCGUCUGAUAAGUGUGAGAUGCCUGGCAUAUCUCCAGUGAUAUCGUUUGUACAUGCUGCGUGCCUGGUGUACAUAGAUGGAAUAGGUUCAGGCACAAUGACCUGUUCAGCUGAUUCUGCUUUGCUGGCUCGUGAAAAAUGUCUGGAAUAUUUGUGUGGAAAGCUUUCACAAAUUGUGCAACUCACUGAGGGGCAGAAGAACAAACUGAGAAUUUAUGACCUGAAGAAGAAGAGGGAAAUUGUUUGGAUGGAGAACUGUGUAGGAAUUCAGCCAUUUUUUAUACCAAGAGGUCCUCUUUACCAAAAGAACAGUGUCUCAGACUAUGCUCUAAAUGCAAGUACCACAGCAAUGAAUGCACAACGGUUGUUAAGGGCCUUACAACUCAACAAGCCCAUUCUUCUGGAAGGCUCUCCAGGUGUUGGGAAAACCAGCUUAGUGUCAGCCUUGGCAAAGGCUUCAGGAAAUUCCCUUGUUAGGAUCAACCUUUCUGAACAAACGGAUGUCACAGAUUUGUUUGGAACAGACUUGCCCAUUGAAGGGGGCAAAGGAGGCGAGUUUGCCUGGCGUGAUGGACCUUUGCUUGCAGCCUUAAAAGCUGGUCACUGGAUUGUAUUAGAUGAGCUGAACUUGGCCUCUCAGUCAGUGCUGGAAGGACUGAAUGCUUGUUUUGAUCAUCGGGCAGAGAUUUACAUUCCUGAGUUGGGGCUGAGCUUUCAUGUUCAACACAAGAAGACAAAGAUCUUUGGAUGCCAAAAUCCCUACAGGCAAGGAGGUGGCAGAAAGGGGCUGCCCAAAUCCUUUCUUAACCGAUUCACACAGGUCUAUGUGGACCCCCUUUCUGCAACAGAUAUGGAGUACAUUGGGAACACCCUUUUUCCUGCUAUUGGUGAUACACUUAUUGCGAAGAUGGUUGAAUUCAACAACAGGAUUAACCAAGAGGUUAUGAUUGAGAAGAAGUGGGGACAUAAAGGUAGUCCUUGGGAGUUCAAUCUUCGUGACCUUUUUCGAUGGUGUCAUGUGAUGCUACUUGACCAAUCGCCUGGCAUUUAUGAUCCAGGCCAGCACAUGUUUUUGAUAUACGGUGACAGGAUGAGGACAGAAGCAGACAGAAAGAAGGUAGUAUCUGUAUUCAAGGACAUUUUUGGCCAGAAUGCUAAUCCAUAUAUGGGAACCAGACAGUUCCAUAUCACUCCUUAUGACGUUCAGGUUGGUUUCUCAAGCCUCCCCCGUGCCAACUGUGUUCCUCCUCCUGGCAGAAAUCUGUCAUUGCUCCACCAUUCCCUCCAGCCUUUGGAAUCUGUCAUGAAAUGUGUGCACAUGAACUGGAUGGUGAUACUAGUGGGCCCUGCCUCUGCUGGCAAGACCAGUCUGGUUCAGCUUCUGGCAUAUCUAUCAGGACAUAAGUUAAAGAUCAUGGCAGUGAAUAGUUCUAUGGACACAACAGAGCUUUUAGGAGGAUUUGAACAAGUUGAUAUCAUUAGGCCGUGGAAGAGCUUGCUGGAGAAGGUGGAAAACGUUGUGAACAUGCUUGUAAGGGGGAGCCUUCUCCAUACUACUAUCCACUCAGAUGACAUUGAAAUUGUAUUACGUGCUUGGAGCAAUUUCAUCCUAAAUUUCAAACCCAAAUCUCUGGGAGAAGGGAAUCAAAAUCUCACCGAAUUCGUGACUAAAUUAGAUGGUCUGGUGUCACUUGUCCAACGGCUAAACAACAGGGUCAAUGCCUGUCCAAGGCCAGAGUUCUCAAGGCUCAUGGAAGAGUUUAGAUGCUUCAGGUUGCAGGUGGUUCAGUUUUUGAAUUGCAGCAACCAUGGAACUUUCAAGUGGGUUGACGGAAUGUUGGUGCAGGCUUUACAGUCUGGAGACUGGCUUCUGCUGGACAAUGUGAACUUCUGCAGCCCUUCUGUUUUGGACCGUUUGAAUGCUCUGCUUGAACCUGGUGGGGUCCUAACCAUGAGUGAAAGAGGAGUAAUAGAUGGUGUAACCCCCACUGUCACUCCUCACCCAAAUUUCAGGCUGUUCCUCACAAUGGAUCCUUCGCAUGGGGACAUAUCCAGAGCCAUGCGGAAUCGUGGGAUUGAGAUAUACAUUCCUGGGGACAACGAUGAGAAUUCAUUGGAUUGCCAUGAUGUCAAGCUGCUGUUACAAGGAUUAGGAUUGUUGGGAAAUAGCACAUGUGAUGCACUUGUGGCUGUGCACACAGAAACCAAAGAUAACAUAGCAGGUUCUACAUGCUCACUGUCAUCUUUGAUUCAUGCUGCAACGCUGACUGUGCAGCAGUUGCACCGGGGAAUCAGCUUAGCUAAGAGCUUCUAUAGAGCGUGUUGGGAAGUCUAUGUCUGUCCACAACAAUCACAAGGCAACCGAAAGCUUGUGCUGGACUUGAUAAUGAAGCAUGUUUCAGCUUUGGCUUCAGCUGACACGAAGGGUGAUUCCCUGCUUGCCUUGGGAUUGUGGCCGGAUUCAGCAGCCAGUGCUUCAUUUGCAGCUGAAGAUUCUUUCCUUGCUAUGGUUCAGAAUGACGCCCAGGUCUUGGCACAUUGCCUCAAUCGACAGAGUCUUAAAAAUAGCAGGACCCUGCCUCUUACUAUACAAGAUUUUAAGAAAAUUCUGCAGUCUUCUAAUCCAGAUUGUCUCAAAUUCAGUGGGGUUGAGAUAGAUGAGUGCUGGAUAGAUGACGUGGAGGUCCUUUCUGCAGCUGUUAAAUUGUUCAUACAUAAGGCAACCAAUCAGGACUGGUCACUGAGAGUUGGAUGUCUCACUCAGUUAAAAAAGAAUGUACCACAAGUGCCUGAUUUAGUACAUACUUAUCUGGAAGCUGGUGCUGCGUCUCUGAAUAAUUUGUACUGUAGUCCUCUACAGCCACAUACAACAGAUGAUCAUGUGAUUCCCAUGGAUCCAAGAUGGAAUAUGCAGGGCUUCCACAUAAGAAAUUCAGUUAAUUUUGAUGCAGAACACUCAGAUAAGCUGCUUACUCUUCUAAAGUCACGUUCAAAUCGGGCAAUAUUGUUUCUUGACAGAGAAAAAAAGAACUAUGUUGAAAGAAGCUUGAUUAACACCAGAAAAACAAGAAAUAGUGUCUUAAGGGUAUCUCUAGAGUUUCACAAAGACUCAAGCAACUACAACUCACUUCCACAUCCUGUGGUGGCCAAUCUUGCUGCGUUUUUUGAACACUGGGAUGCCUACAUGUUAAACUGGGUAAAGUUUGCUCAAGUGGCUGUGUCUGAUGAAAAAUUACACAAAAUACUGGACUGCUUACUGUGGCGUGAUCGUUUUUGGACAACGUCUGACACUGUGGCUGUAGAUUCUCCUGGCUUGACGCUCUUGUCUCUUCACUGGCACUGGGUGGUGAAACACUUGAUCAGCAACAUUCCUGAGCUGCUGAGUGGAUACGAGCAGCCCAAGCUAUCCAAAGAUAUUCAGUGUGUCUCACAGCAAAUUCAGAAUAGUCUGGAAAGUCCCACUGGUAUUUCAGCCAGUCUUAAGGAGUUGCAGAAGUGUUUGGGAAAACCUCUUCCCUUCAAGGAGAAAGCAGUUGUGGAAUGUGCUGCCCAUCUGCAAAGGCUCUGCAAAGCGCUUAACAUCCUGGAGCUGGGGCCAGCCCUUGGCGACGGUCAACAGCAGAAGCAGCUAUGUACUCUGAAAACCACAGCCACUGGAUGGGAGAUAAGAAAAGCAUUACUUCAAGCCCAAGGCCUAGUUCUCAGAGCUAAUCAGUUGAAGGACGUUAGUUCGGAUGAAUUGCAGACCUUUGUGAAUCUGCAGCAUUCAAAGCUGAAACAAGAAAGGGUCUUGGUUGAAUCUCUUGAAGAAAAGUAUGCUGAGCACACGGUCUCUAAGCACAUGGGCUCUGCCUUGUUGACUCAGCUGUGCUGUAGGGUUCAGCUGUGGCCUGCAAUGGAGUAUCUGGCAUUGUUGUGGCAGUAUAAACUGACUGCAGAUUGUAUUUCUAGGGCAUAUUUGCAAAGGAAGGACUGCAGUCACCAGUUGACCAUCUAUUCAGAAAUAAAGCAGCUUAUAGCGUUCUGCCUUAAGUUUACACCUGCUACCUCUCAGCAGCUUCAAGGACUUUUUUACCUGUUGGAUCUUCAUAUGGUCUCCACAGAUGAAAUUUCUCUCUUGUGGUCAGAGCUGGUGAAUGCUGCUUUAGCAUCGUUCUGGAACACUACCGUAUCCACAGAUCCAGAGCACUGGCUAGCCUGGAAGCCAGUAUCGGUGGAAGAGAAAAAGAAGCCCAAAUCCCUCAUGGACUGUUCUCUUAAGGGUGUGGGCAUUUUAAGUCGAGCUGUUUUCUCCAAGUGCCUCUCUGAAAUUCUGACUAGCAGCAGCCAGUGGAGCCAGUGGGACGUGACUGGCCUUCCUCUUCUGUUGGCCUCCAAUGUGACACUGGGGGAAUGGAUGGAGAGAGCACAGCAGCUUCAGGAAGUCCGUGCAGUUCUGUGGAACAACUUGGCCUUUUCCUCCAUGGCAGAAUUUAGGUUUACUGAUUCCAGGUUCCAGCUUGCUAUAUUAGACAAACAACUUAUGGCUCUUAAAAACCUGGUUCCAGUACAACUACAAGACGAGUACCUCAAAAGCUGUGAAAAGCUUUCUUCCAAGGACCCAAUGGCUUUGCAGUCCAUUUUCACAGUACUCAAGGAAGUUGCCGCUCAGGACAUAUUACCGGAAGAAGUUCUGUGUCUUUGGAUGACUUGUCUGCAACAGUUCUUUGGGCAGGAAGGAGGACCUCAGAACUUGCCUGAAGCUGUGCAGCGUGGCAGUCUCUGGGUGAAUCUAGGGCUUCUGCAGAUCCACAUCUGGCUUCCGCAGACUCGUUUUGAUCCUGCAGUAAAAAGAGAAUACAAACUCAAGUAUGCAGCAGAAGAGUUGCACCGUCUAGAAUGUGAAUGGAAGACACACAAUCUAUCCACUCAGCUGCUCACAGGAAAAGAUCUUGAAGAUGAAACAAUCAACAGACAUAGUCACCCACAUAUUAGGAUGUUACGCCAAAGAAUCCAGAAAUUAAAGAAUCAGAUUGCAAGCCUUGGCCAAAAACAAGCCUUUAGGCCCCAAAGCCCUUCAUAUGACUGCUUAUACCAGGAGCUUCAUCAGUAUGUCAGCAGCAUUGCUCAGAUUUCAAAAGUGCAGGAUCUCUUGGCUCGCCUUCUACAAUUUCUCCAUGGGGAUAAAUCUCAGUCAGUCCAGGCAGUUCAGAAAGUGCUCAGUGAAGAAGCAGCCUGGCAGCAGUCACACCAUCAAUUCAGAAAACAUUUGACAGAGGACUACACUGCUUUCCCGGACGUAGUUACUCCACUGCAGGCUGCCGUCUUGCAAAUGCAGCAUGGCCUGAGACUUGUGGCUUCUGAAGUCCAUAAAACAACACUGAACAGUUUUGUCUGCCCAAACAAGCUUGGCACCCUUGUUGCUUCUCUACUGUCGUUUCCUUCUGUUGGAGGCGCCUUCCCCACUUACCUUUCCCAUGCCGAUGCUUUGUGCUCUGUGAACUCCCUAGAUGUUCUUCGCGGCCUUCAGAGGCUAUCUCAGAAGUACUCUGUUGAAGAUUCAGACAGGGAGCAGAGGAUGUGCCUUACCCAAGAGCAGUUGCUGGUGAAUGCUUUGUUGUACCUGCGGUGCCAUGUGCUGUCAAAAGGAGAACUGGACCAUAAAUCUCUGCAACUUUUUAGACAUCUGUGUCAGGUAAUUAUAAAUGAAUGGGAUGAACAAGAGCGUCUUGCCCAGGAAGAGGAGGAACAGAAAAACAGUCUGUAUAGAUACAAGGCUAAAAGCCAUGGAAGUGGCCUGAGUGAAGAGGAGGAAGAAGAGAGGGAGUUCAGAAACAAAUUUCCUCUUCAUGAGAAGGAUUUUAAAGAUAUUACAAAUCAGGCAAGCCUUGAGGAAGAAAUGGAAACUGAAGAUGGUUUAGAAAAUGAAGCUGCCUUUGAAACACUCCUCCUCUCACAUCAUUCAUUGAAAACCGUAAUGGAAGUUCAUCAGCAGCUUUGCCUUUACUUUGCUCGCUCUCUGUGGUAUCAGCAAAACAUGCCCUCUAAUCAGACUAAAUAUCACUUGACUACAUUUAUUUCCUGUUACCAAACUGGCUCAUCACUGGUGGCCCAUUUUUAUCCUUUGAUUGGUUCUGAAAUAAAUGACAAUCUACAAGGCUGCCAGCUGCUUGCUAGCACAAUACUGCAAAAUACACUUUUUGAAGGAGAAACUUCCGAACUUGGCCUGCAGCUUAAAGAGCCAUAUGACUUCUAUCAGCACCCUAAUGUUCAGCAAGUUCAACUGUGCCAACCUGUGCUUGAAAACUUUGCUAAAGAAGUAAAGGCACUGCUGCAAGAAUGGCCUGAUCACCCUGCACUUGUGCAGCUCUUGGUUGUGAUGGACAGAAUCCGUAGCUUUCCACUCUCCAGCCCCCUCUCAAAGUUCCUGAAUGGCUUAGAAAUUCUGCUUACCAAGUCUCAGGAUUGGGAGGAAUCUGCUAGUCGAGCAGUGUCUCUGAGGAAGCAUCUCGAUUUGGUCACUCAGCUGAUCAUCCAGUGGCAUAAACUAGAGCUGAACUGUUGGUCUACUAGUCUUGACAACACAAUGCAGCAUCAGACAGAAAAAUCAAUGAAGCACUGGCUUUCAGUCUAUCAGAUCAUAGAGAAAUAUUGGCAAGAACAGACAGAGAAGAAAACUGAAGAUCGCCAAAUGAAUUUGACAGCAGUGGUCAGUACACUGGAGGCUUUCAUAGAAGGAUCCACCCUGGGAGAAUUCCAUACACGACUCCAAAUGCUCCUGGAAUUCCACUGUCACGUCUUGUUGAUGCCACAGGUGGAAGGUAAUGAUACACUGCGCAAUGUACUGUGGAAUCUGUAUCAUUACUAUAAGCAGUUCUCAGAAUGCGUGCAAACUAAGCUGACUGAACUCCGGCAGCCUAUCGAGAAAGAACUGAAGGAGUUUGUGAAAAUCUCAAAAUGGAAUGAUGUCAGCUUUUGGGCUGUAAAACAGUCUGUGGAGAAGGCUCACAGGACACUUUUUAAAUUUAUGAAGAAAUUUGAAGCUGCUCUCAAUGAACCAUGUCAGUCAGCCUUAAUAGAGACGUUCAAAGAUGAGCAACUACUUUCUUUGCAGAAGCAGGGGUCAUCUGACAACCAGGAGACUAAAAUUCAGAGCCUGCACAACAUAUUAAGGAAAAAACUGGCCUCUACAAUAGAUGCUGUUCAGGCUGCUCAUUUAGAAGGAAUCCAAGGAGAUGUGUUUCAUCCUGAAUCCCUUCAAGCACGCCUGCCUAAGCUUACAAAACGGAUGGCAAAGAUAUGCACAACCUUUGUGAAGAACAACACGUUUUUGGAUCUGGUGGAAAACCUUGACCAGUUCACAGGUGACAUAAUAGCCUCUGCCCACGAGUUGCAAAACACGUCUGUCAGUCUGCUUGCUGACAAGGAAAAACAGAAGUCAGAGGUCAAGCAUUUACUUGUCCAGAAACAGAGGGCUCUAACAGAGCUCUUUAAGAACCUUGCAACUACAGGUCAGAUGUUGCUUUCUGAGAUCUCUUCAUCCUGGGAUGGAUGCCAGAAGUACUUCUAUCAGUCUCUUGCACGCCACUGUAGGCUUCAGACAGCAUUACAGGCACCUUCAAAGGAAAUCGGGCUUGGUACGAUUGAAAGAUGCAAAGGAUUCCCUGCACACCUAAUGAAGAUGCUUGUGAAACAGAGGAGUGCUCUCACUGGCUUGACAGAGCAGUGGAUUAUCUUGAGGAAUCUUCUGAGCUGUGUACAGGAGAUAGAUGCUAAACUGACCAUCAGUAAUGAAUAUGAUGUAGCAUUUCCUCCUCAAGAUGGUGUUCAGCAGUGGACUGACAGGUUACAGUUCCUCACCAUGCAGGUUGUGAUGGUCCUCAAGCAGCUGUCUUGGCUUAUAGAGUGUUGUCCAAAAGGCCAAUUUGUUAAUGCUCCCAGGACAGACACGGAGUCAGCCAAUCUCAAAUGUGAAAAAAGUGAACUGAACCCAACAAAAGAUCCAGUGUCAACAUUUGAACAUAUCCCUUCAGACCUACAGUAUCUCACUCCAGUGACCUCAGAUCAGCUGCCCUCUGGGUGCAAGAUGCAAAAACAGGAUCCACUGUGGCGACAGUUGGCUUCCAGGGUGAAGGAUAUGCUAGUGGAAGUUAAGGCAAUAAAAGCAGAUGUGGACAAAAUAAGACAGCUAUCUUGUGAGACUCUUUUCCAUUCCUGGAAAAGCUUUGAAGUGUGCUCUUCGGGGAUAGAAUCUUUGUUUCAAGUUUCAACUCAGCUGCAAGAUAUAGAAUCCUUGUUUGUUUUACCAGAGAUGGAAGGCUGCCAAACUGCACUAAUCAGAAGCCUUGUAUACAUCCAAGGAGAAAUUAAUAGAAGUGUAGAUGACUUUGCUAUUUGGAAGGCACAACUGUUCAGUUCCAUUUCACAUUGUGAUGGGGAUCAAGAUUCAGAUGAUGGUUUUGUAGAGCACUUUUCUGAACAAGUAGAACUUGCAAUCCAUGCUAUAUUGAGUGCUAUACAGUGUUUAGUAGAAAGAAGAAAAGAAAAAGGAGAGAAAGAAACCUCUCUGGAGGAUGUGCCAUCAGCUGACAGACUUAAGUCAGGACUUUUGACUAAGCUCUUGGAUGAAGAUAUCUGUUCUGAUGUGUGUUCUUUGCAAGCACAGAAAAUAAUUUCAGCCAUUUCUGAACUUCUGGAGCAACUGAAAUCCUAUGGAGAAGAUUACACAGCCUAUAAAUGCAAGCUUUUUAAUCAAUCUUGCCAUUUACUGGUACGUCUAAUGCCAGUACUCUACAAGUAUUCCAAUAUUAUCCUCUUCUACCUCACGGUUUCCUUGGCCACCCAUAGGAGUACUGGAAAAUUGCUUUCUGUCUUAGCUAACAUAUUUACUGAACUUGCCCAGAAGGGGUUUUGUUUGCCAAAAGAACUCAUGGAAGAGGAAGCAGGAGAGGGAGCAACAGAGUUCCAUGACUAUGAAGAUGGUGGCAUCGGAGAAGGAGAAGGCAAAAAGGAUGUGAGUGACAAGAUAGAAAAUGAAGAUCAGGUAGAAGACACUUCCCAGAAGGGUCAAGAGAAGAACAAUGAAGACCCAGAAUCUAAACCGGAUAUUGAAGGAGAGGACAAUGCAAUUGAAAUGUCAGAAGAUUUUGAAGGAAAAACAUAUGAUGGGGAUCAAGAAAAGCAAGAAGAGGAUGAAAAAUCUGAUGAAGAUGAUGAACUAGAUAAACAGAUGGGAAACCUUGGAGAUGCUGAAGCAGAUAAACUGGAUGAAAGGCUUUGGGGAGAUGAUGAGGACGAGGAAGAUGAGAGCAACAGUGAGGACAGUAUAACAGAAACUGGUCCAGGGAUAGAUGAGAGGGAUUCAGAGCUUGUCGCAAAAGAUGACAACUUAGAUGCUGGCAAUAAAGAUGAUGAGAAACCACCCAAGAAUGAAGAAAAAGCUAAGGAAGCGAAUGAUGGGGAAAUCAAAGAGAAAAUCCAUGAACAAGUAGAUGAGCGUGAAUAUGAUGAAAAUGAGAGUGAUCCUUAUCAUGGAAAGCAAGAGAAGCAGCCUGAAGCUGAAGCAUUAGAUCUUCCUGAUGAUCUGAACUUGGAGAAUGGAGAGAAGGAUGAGGAGGACAAGGAAGAAGAAGGAGAAAAUCCUUUUGAGACAGAAGAUAAGAUAAUGGAUGUAGAUGAAAAGCAGGUAAAGGAAGAGGAAACUGAAGAUAUGGGUAAACAUGGUGAAGAUCCUGAGCAAAUGGAAGAUUCCUUUGAAGAUAAAGCAGAAGGAGAUGAUAAAAUGGAGGAAGAAACAAAUGAAAAAGAAAAUGCAGACCAUCCUAAUGAAAAUACAGGCGAAGAAGAUGAUGGCACAGCAGAGGACCAAAAAGAGGAGGAAGAGCAGAAAGAGACUGGCAUUCCCACUAGUGAACAUGGCCUUUAUCCUCAGGAAGAGGAUGAUGACAAUAAUCAUGACCAGGAUGAACAGUUACCUGAUGCAGCUGUGAGAAUGGAACAUGAAACAUGUGGUGAGGCAGGAGAAAAGAACCUGCAGAGUGACACUGCUGUAGAACUGGAUGGAACUGCUUCUGAGAAAGACACAGUGAAAGAGGAGCAUGGAAGUGGAGCAGCCGAUGCAAAUCAAUCAGAAGGCCAUGAAUCUGAGUUAAUGGCACAGAUGGCUUCUCAGAAACAAAGCAUGAAAAAAACACAGAGUUUUAAGAGAAAACCUGGACAGGCUGACAAUGAACGCUCAACAGGGGAUCACAGUCAACGUGUCCAUAAGAGAUUAAGGAUGAUGGAGUCUAGCAGUGAAGCAGAACAGAACCCAAAUCUGCUUGAACAAAAGGUUGAAGAAGCUGAUGCUUUCGAGCAUAUAAAACAAGGCACUGAAUCCUAUGAUGCACAGACCUAUGAUGUAGCUAAUGAAGAACAACAAGAAUUGGUCAUGCCUCUCAGUGAAGAUGACAAAGAACCAGUUUCAGAAGAUGCAGCCAUGGAAGCAGAUGGUCAAAAUGCUGAGGAUCUUAGCACUGUAGAAACAGAGAAGCUGAAUCCAGAAGUGAAGAUGUCUGGUGCUUCCAAAUCUGGAUCUAAGGAGACAGAACUGGAAGCUGAAGAGCUCAAUUCUAAGGGUGACAAAGAAUGUGGAACAGAAAAACCCCUGUCGGAAGCGAGGCCAGACAGAAACAAAGACUCCACUAUACAUACUGCCCACCAAUUUAUAAUGAACACCAAAAUGAAGCACAUUGUUAAGAAUCCUGAGGAGCUUCGACAAGAACUAGAAAAGCAGCUGGAAAUUUGGCAGGCUGGAAACACUGAUGAGGAGAAGGCAGCAGCAGAGAUGUGGCAAAGAUAUCUUCUACUCACUACAGCCCUUUCACAGCAGCUCUGUGAGCAGCUCCGACUCAUACUGGAGCCAACUCAGGCAGCCAAGCUGAAAGGCGAUUAUAGGACAGGAAAAAGACUGAACAUGCGCAAAGUAAUUCCCUAUAUUGCCAGCCAGUUCCGAAAGGAUAAAAUUUGGUUACGAAGGACGAAGCCCAGCAAACGACAGUAUCAGAUUUGCUUGGCCCUUGAUGAUUCGGCCAGCAUGAUAGAUAACCACUCUAAACAGCUUGCUUAUGAAUCCCUGGCAGUAAUUGGAAAUGCAUUGACCCUCUUAGAAGUGGGACAGAUAGCUAUGUGUAGUUUUGGAGAAACAGUUCAGUUACUGCAUCCAUUCCAUGAGCAAUUUAAUGACCAAUCAGGAACUCGGAUAUUACGACUUUGCAAAUUUGAACAAAAGAAAACUAAGAUAGCACAGUUUUUAGAAUCGACAACAAAUAUGUUUGCUGCUGCACAGCAAUUUUCUCAGAGCAUGAAUCCAGAAACUGCUCAGCUACUCUUAAUAGUAUCUGAUGGAAGAGGUCUUUUUCUUGAGGGCAAGGAACGUGUCACAGCAGCUGUCCAGUCUGUUCAGAAUGCAAAUAUCUUUGUCAUUUUUGUAGUGCUGGACAACCCCAAUUCAAGGGAUUCCAUCUUGGAUAUAAAAGUACCUAUAUUUAAAGGCCCAGGAGAAUUGCCGGAAAUAAGGUCAUACAUGGAAGAAUUUCCCUUUCCUUUCUACAUAAUCCUCAGAGAUGUGAAUGCUCUUCCAGAGACUCUCAGUGAUGCACUCAGGCAGUGGUUUGAAUUGGUAGCUACCUCAGACAGCCUGUAGAGUUUUGCCUGAUCAGACUGAAUUCAUCACUGAAUAAGCUGCUGUUUAAAUGGGCCAGAAAGUACACCUUGAAAAUUAGCAUUCUUCCUACUCGGUGCAGGAAACUAUGCAAUCCAUGAUAAACAGGGGAACGAGUCAGUUUACUUGUUGCCACUAUCUGGAAACAGUGGAAACCCAUUUCUACCCGUCAUUGCUAUCCAAAUAAUUUAUACUAAGGUUUAUUUGAAAUUUUCAUGUCAUUGAGAAACGUUAUUCCCAAGAUUGUUUCUAUUGUAGUAAGAAACUAGCAUUACUUCUGAGAUGAAUCUGCAACUAGAGAUUUUUAACCAUAACAAAAAUACAUGUCUGUUUUAGGUCAACAUGUGUGAGCACUCCACUGUUUGUGGGUUGCUGGUUGUUGCUGGUGUCUGAUAAUGCCAGAAGGGUAUUUUUAUGAUAUUAAAAUGUCUGCAUUAUCAUUUUACACUGUGAAGUUUGUUUUCUGUCUAAAGCAAACAUUAGACAAACAUUUUGGUAUUCUAAAUCAUGCACAGGACAUUUCCCCCU